GGAGGAGGAGGCGGAGGCGGAGGUGGAGGGAGAGGGAGGAGGAGGAGGAGGCCCCGUCGCGGCCUUCGCCGCCGCCAACGGGGCUGUCCCUGUAGCUCCCGAUGGAGUUUGAGGUCGUGAAACCUCCGCCGAGCUCUGCCCCGGCGAGACGAGGCGCCUCCGUCGCCGAGCCGCGCCGUCGCGGGGCUCCCGGGAGCGGCCCUUAGCGACCCCGCCCGGGCCCCCUCAGCUUACAAAACACUACACAGCAAAAUAAUGAUCUGCUAGACUGCUAACCCGAGCAUCCAGCUUCCACAAUGCCUGUGCAGGCAGCUCAAUGGACAGAAUUUCUGUCCUGUCCAAUCUGCUAUAACGAAUUUGAUGAGAAUGUGCACAAACCCAUCAGUUUAGGUUGUUCACACACUGUUUGCAAGACCUGCUUGAAUAAACUUCAUCGAAAAGCUUGUCCUUUUGACCAGACUGCCAUCAACACAGAUAUUGAUGUACUUCCUGUCAACUUCGCACUUCUCCAGUUAGUUGGAGCCCAGGUACCAGAUCAUCAGUCAAUUAAGUUAAGUAAUCUAGGUGAGAAUAAACACUAUGAGGUUGCAAAGAAAUGCGUUGAGGAUUUGGCACUCUACUUAAAACCACUAAGUGGAGGUAAAGGUGUAGCUAGUUUGAACCAGAGUGCACUGAGCCGUCCAAUGCAAAGGAAACUGGUGACACUUGUAAACUGUCAACUGGUGGAGGAAGAAGGUCGUGUAAGAGCCAUGCGAGCAGCUCGUUCACUUGGAGAAAGAACUGUAACAGAACUGAUAUUACAGCACCAGAACCCUCAGCAAUUGUCUGCCAAUCUAUGGGCCGCUGUCAGGGCUCGAGGAUGCCAGUUUUUAGGGCCAGCUAUGCAAGAAGAGGCCUUGAAGCUUGUGUUACUGGCAUUAGAAGAUGGUUCUGCCCUCUCAAGGAAAGUUCUGGUACUUUUUGUUGUGCAGAGACUAGAACCAAGAUUUCCUCAGGCAUCAAAAACAAGUAUUGGUCAUGUUGUGCAACUACUGUAUCGAGCUUCUUGUUUUAAGGUUACCAAAAGGGAUGAAGACUCUUCCCUAAUGCAGCUGAAGGAAGAAUUUCGGAGUUAUGAAGCAUUACGCAGAGAACAUGAUGCCCAAAUUGUUCAUAUUGCUAUGGAAGCAGGACUCCGUAUUUCACCUGAACAAUGGUCCUCACUUUUAUAUGGUGAUUUGGCUCAUAAAUCACACAUGCAGUCUAUCAUCGAUAAGCUACAGUCUCCAGAGUCAUUUGCAAAGAGUGUCCAGGAAUUGACCAUUGUUUUGCAACGAACAGGUGACCCAGCUAACUUAAAUAGACUGAGGCCUCAUUUAGAACUUCUUGCAAACAUAGACCCUAAUCCAGAUGCUGUUUCACCAACAUGGGAGCAGCUAGAAAAUGCAAUGGUAGCUGUUAAAACAGUAGUUCAUGGCCUUGUGGACUUCAUACAAAAUUAUAGUAGAAAAGGCCAUGAGACACCUCAGCCUCAGCCAAACAGCAAAUACAAGACUAGCAUGUGCCGAGAUCUGCGACAGCAAGGGGGUUGUCCACGAGGAACAAAUUGUACAUUUGCCCAUUCUCAGGAAGAGCUUGAAAAGUAUCGAUUAAGGAACAAAAAGAUCAAUGCCACUGUAAGAACGUUUCCUCUUCUAAAUAAAGUUGGUGUAAACAACACUGUUACAACCACAGCCGGAAAUGUCAUUUCUGUCAUAGGAAGUACCGAAACAACAGGGAAAAUUGUUGCAAGUACAAAUGGAAUUUCAAAUGCAGAAAACAGUGUUUCCCAGCUAAUCUCACGUAGUACUGACAGUACCUUAAGAGCUCUGGAGACCGUGAAGAAAGUGGGAAAGGUUGGCACUAAUGGUCAGAAUGCUCCUGGGCCCUCUGCAGAUUCUGUAACUGAAAAUAAAAUUGGUUCUCCACCCAAGACUCCUGUAAGUAAUGUAGCAGCUACCUCAGCUGGGCCCUCUAAUGUUGGAGCAGAGCUGAAUUCUGUGCCUCCAAAAUCCAGCCCAUUUCUAACUAGAGUGCCAGUAUAUCCUCCGCAUUCUGAAAACGUUCAGUAUUUUCAAGAUCCAAGGACUCAGAUACCCUUUGAAGUUCCACAGUACCCACAGACAGGAUACUAUCCACCACCUCCAACGGUACCAGCUGGUGUGGCUCCCUGUGUUCCUCGCUUUGUGAGGUCCAAUAAUGUUCCAGAGUCCUCCCUCCCACCUGCUUCCAUGCCAUAUGCCGAUCAUUACAGUACAUUUUCCCCUCGAGAUCGAAUGAAUUCUUCUCCUUACCAACCUCCUCCUCCGCAGCCGUAUGGACCAGUUCCUCCAGUACCUUCUGGAAUGUACGCUCCUGUGUACGACAGCAGGCGCAUCUGGCGCCCACCUAUGUACCAACGAGAUGACAUUAUUAGAAGCAAUUCUUUACCUCCAAUGGAUGUGAUGCACUCAUCUGUCUAUCAGACAUCUUUGCGGGAAAGAUAUAACUCAUUAGAUGGAUAUUACUCGGUGGCUUGUCAGCCACCAAGUGAGCCAAGGACAACUGUGCCUUUACCAAGGGAACCUUGUGGUCAUUUGAAGACCAGUUGCGAGGAGCAGAUAAGAAGAAAGCCAGAUCAGUGGGCACAGUACCACACUCAGAAAGCACCUCUUGUCUCUUCAACUCUUCCUGUGGCAACACAGUCACCAACACCACCUUCUCCUCUAUUCAGUGUAGACUUUCGUGCGGAUUUCUCAGAGAGUGUGAGUGGUACAAAAUUUGAAGAAGAUAAUCUUUCCCAUUAUUCUCCGUGGUCUUGUGGCACCAUAGGCUCCUGUAUAAAUGCCAUCGAUUCAGAGCCCAAAGAUGUAAUUGCUAAUUCAAAUGCUGUGUUAAUGGACCUGGACAGUGGUGAUGUUAAAAGAAGAGUACAUCUAUUUGAAACUCAGAGAAGGACAAAAGAAGAAGAUCCAAUAAUUCCCUUUAGUGAUGGACCCAUCAUCUCAAAAUGGGGUGCAAUUUCCAGAUCUUCCCGUACAGGUUACCAUACCACAGAUCCCGUUCAGGCCACUGCUUCCCAAGGAAGUGCGACUAAGCCCAUCAGUGUAUCAGAUUAUGUACCUUAUGUCAAUGCUGUUGAUUCAAGGUGGAGUUCAUAUGGCAACGAGGCCACAUCAUCAGCACAUUAUAUUGAAAGGGACAGAUUCAUUGUUACUGAUUUGUCUGGUCAUAGAAAGCAUUCCAGUACUGGGGACCUUUUGAGCCUUGAACUUCAGCAGGCCAAGAGCAACUCAUUACUUCUUCAGAGAGAGGCCAAUGCUUUGGCCAUGCAACAAAAGUGGAAUUCCCUGGAUGAAGGCCGUCACCUUACCUUAAAUCUUUUAAGCAAGGAAAUUGAACUGAGAAAUGGAGAGUUACAGAGUGAUUAUACAGAAGAUGCAACAGAUACUAAACCUGAUAGGGAUAUCGAGUUAGAGCUUUCAGCACUUGAUACUGAUGAACCUGAUGGUCAAAGUGAACCAAUUGAAGAGAUCCUGGACAUACAGCUUGGCAUCAGUUCUCAAAAUGAUCAGUUGCUAAAUGGAACGGCAGUGGAAAAUGGGCAUCCAGUGCAGCAGCACCAAAAGGAGCCACCAAAGCAGAAGAAACAGAGUUUAGGUGAAGACCAUGUGAUUCUGGAGGAGCAAAAAACAAUUCUGCCGGUAACUUCUUGCUUUAGCCAGCCACUCGCAGUGUCUAUUAGCAAUGCAAGUUGCCUCCCCAUCACCACAUCUGUCAGUGUUGGCAACCUCAUUCUGAAAACUCAUGUCAUGUCUGAAGAUAAAAACGACUUUUUAAAACCUGUUGCAAAUGGGAAGAUGGUUAACAGCUGAAAGGAAGUUCAUCUUUCAAAUUUGUGACCACACCACGGAAGCAUUUACACUAGCUUUUUAUAUAUAUAAUAUAUAUUAUAUAAUGUAUAUUUUUUUUAAAAAAAGAUAUUACUGGGGGCAUCCAUUUCCUGUGGACUCUUUGAUACUUCAAGCCCUCUUGCAUUAGCAUUAUGAAAAAAAAAAUUUUACU